CCGCGGAUCUGCAGGCGGGGAGCAAAUGCACCCGCGGCGCCGCGCGGUCCCGCCGCCCCGCCGCGGCCCAGCGGCCCGCAGCCCCCUGGGGCGGCAGUGAUCCCUCCCGCCACCUCCGCGGACCGAUCGGCGGGGCUCUCCGCGGCUGUACGUUCCUAAGAAGCCCCCGCCACCCUGGCGACAGCCAGCUUUCUGCAGGCAGCGGGGCACCGGCCGGCGGCGCGCAUGGAUUUAUGAAAACACUCAUGCAAGAAGUUGGCAGGACCGGGGAAAACUUUUCCACUGGCUCAGAUUCCGCCGCUCUGCGCGCCUCGUCUCCUUUACCCUACUCGCCCGGCUGCCGCCGCUGCCCGCGAUGGUGGUCGGGCUGCUGGGCGGCGGCGGCGGAGCCCGCGGGGGGACGGGGCCGGGCCCUUGGCUGUGCCUGAUGGCGCUGCUGCAGCUGCUGGGCUCUGCGCCGCGGGGCUCGGGGCUGGCGCACGGCCGCCGCCUCAUCUGCUGGCAGGCGCUGCUGCAGUGCCAGGGGGAGCCGGAGUGCAGCUACGCUUACAACCAGUACGCCGAGGCGUGCGCGCCGGUGCUGGCCCAGCGCAGCGGGAGCGACACCCCGGGGGCCGCGGCAGCUGCCGCUUUCCCGGCCUCGGCCGCCUCCUUCUCGACGCGCUGGCGCUGCCCGAGCCACUGCAUCUCGGCGCUCAUUCAGCUCAACCACACGCGCCGCGGGCCCGCCCUGGAGGACUGUGACUGCGCGCAGGACGAAAACUGCAAGUCCACCAAGCGCGCCAUUGAGCCCUGCCUGCCGCGGACGAGCAGCGGGGGCGCGGGCGGCCCGGGCGCGGGCGGGGUCAUGGGCUGCACCGAGGCCCGGCGGCGCUGCGACCGCGACAGCCGCUGCAACUUGGCGCUCAACCGCUACCUGACCUACUGCGGCAAGCUCUUCAACGGGCUGAGGUGCACCGACGAGUGCCGCACGGUCAUCGAGGACAUGCUGGCCGUGCCCAAGGCGGCGCUGCUCAAUGACUGCGUCUGCGACGGCCUCGAGCGGCCCAUCUGCGAGUCGGUCAAAGAGAACAUGGCUCGCCUGUGUUUCGGUGCGGAGCUGGGCCAUGGCCCGGGCAGCAGCGGCUCAGACGGGGGCCUGGACGACUACUACGACGAAGAAUACGACGAGGAGCAGCGCGUCGGGGCGGGAGGCGAGCAGCCCCUGGACGACGACGACGGCGUCGCGCACCCGCCGCGCCCGGGCGGCGGCGCUGCGGCGGCGGGGGGCCGCGGAGACCUGCCUUAUGGGCCGGGGCGCAGAAGCAGCGCCGGCUGCCGCUCGACGCCCCAAGACUCUUGGACUCCGCUUGCCUCCAUCUUGCUGCUGCUCCCUCAGCUCUUUUAGCCCUCGCGUCCCCCGCCUUUGUUGGCGGGAGGACUCUUAACGGGGCACCUGUGGCUUGGGGACCGAGGGUGGCUGGGGAAACGUUUUCUGAGUAAACUGCCUGGUCUAGGCGGUCUUCUCACCUUGACGCUAGGCAACUUAGUAGUUUCCUCUCCCUAGCAUGACUUAUUGAACGUGCUCUCAGCCCCUAUUCCAGUCUCCGGAAUUCCCCAACUCGGCUGGUUGCCCAGCACCCCCUUAGCUAGAAUUCAGGACGUCCGGGAUGAAACGGUAUGGGGAUGCAGAAAUGUAGUGCUGGACUCUGAAGAGAACAUGCAGACUAUUGGGGCCUUAACAGUUAACAGGAACUGGGCAUGGAACGGGGUUUGAAGGUUCAUUCCACAUUUGCAAAAAGACUUUGUUAGCAUUUUUUUCCUGGGGGAUGAGUUGGGUGGGGUGGGGGUGUCCGGUAUCAUACGUCUUUUAUUGUGGCCAGUGAGGACAUUGCAAUCCUAAGUAAACGGAAAAGUCACACUUACCUAUACAUUACUUAGUCUUGGUAUCUGCGCCCAGAAGUCUCAGUUUGGGGCAUGAGUGGGAAGAGGUAAAAUAGUCAUUAGUUUUGGAUCACUUUGAGCCCUUGACCUUAAUUUCAUUGCCACCACUCUGAUCUCUUAGCACAUUUCCUAAUUGCACAUUUUUGAGGAUUAAGGGUCAAAAAUGCUAAUUUAAAGAGUUGCUGGUGUGUUGAAGAAUGCAACUCUGUAUUUAAAAGAGCUCUGCACUGCCACUAUGAAAGCCUUUUUAUGAUGUUUGUUUUGUUGUCAUUUUUGUUCUUUACAUCAAGAAAUUGUACAAAUAUGCAGAGAAAGUGUAUUACCUCUGCUUUUAUCAGGGUGCUAACUCCUGGUAUUUCAUAUAUAGAGAGUAUUAAAACUGGGGUUUGUUACCAGUUGCUGUACUUUGUAUAUAGAAUUUUUAUAAAUUGUAUGCUUCAGAUAUAAUUUAUUUUUAAAAAGAAAUUUAAAAAUUAUAUCCGCAUCCAUGUUACACUCCGUUUGUCACCAGGGAUUCAAACCCACAGUCCAUUGUGAAGUGUGCUCUACCUAGAAUAGUCUGAAAAUGUACAGUGUAUUUUAUAGAUUUGAAGUUAACAUUCUUAUUUUCAAGAGAAUUUAUGGACAUUGUAGAAAUGUAUAAUGCAUUUCCAAACCGCCUUAAACAUUG